AUGGGCGAGGACAAGAAAGAUAAGAAGGACAAGAGGGACAAGAAAGAUAAGAAGGAGAAGAAGGAGAAGAAGGAGAAGAAGGAGAAGAAGGACAAGAAGGACAAGAAGGACAAGAAGGACAAGAAGGACAAGAAGGACAAGAAGGAGAAGGAACAGAGGGACAAAAAAGAAGUUUCUAACAAACAUUCCUCGUCUGACGACGACGAAGCUGCGGGGGAUAGCAAAAGCGCACCAGACAACAAUUCAAUCGGGCCCUCCAUCCCAAGUGGAUUCAAGUUUCCAGCACCCAGCAGUCAGGAUGACAGCGAAGAGGAGGCUGGGCCAGCGGCUCCCAGCAGCAGCCCUACGCAGGCAGCCCAACAAUCGCAGACGGCCGUAGGAGGAGGAGCAAGGAGAGCAGGACCAGCUCUCCCCGAGGGCAUCGACCUCGCCAAAUUAGCUCAGGAGACAUCUCAGGUAGAUUGGCAGCAGAAGGCAUUGGAGGAGGAGGAGGAGGAGGAGAAUCUAGUUGGACCGGUGCGUCCCGACCAAGUAACGAGGGGUUACGUGAUGGCGAGCAUAGCGGCUGAGCAGCGUUUGUUGAACGAAGCGUUGAGCAAGAUGGAAGAAGACGAGGAGGCUAAGGCGCCGAAGCAUGAGGGCUGGAUGACUAUGAUUCCGGACUCCAAGGCGUUGGGGUUCUCGGUCGCUCAGCUGGAGGAGAUGCAGAAGAAUCGCAGGAAAGAGAGAGGAGGUAGCUUCUCCAAGACUGACAAGGACCUGAGCGGCGACAAGUCUGCAUGGACGGACACCCCAGCAGAAAAAGCCAAGAAGGAGCGGGAGAAACAGUUGGGUCUUGAUGGAGGGAGGAAGAGGAAGGAGACGGCUGCGGAGGAGAUGGAGACGACCUCGCGUGCCGCAUCGAUCAUCGAGCAAUACAACGCUACAGUGAGGCCUAAGUCUCUCGUUGAGAUCCACCAAGAACAGGCUCGCAAGAAGUCCAAGUCUUCUAAGGAAGGAGACAACUUUGAGCUCGGCAGCUGGGACAGGAGCAGCAUAACAGAAACGAAAGUGAGGGAUCCAAAGUCUGUCAACAAAAUGAUCCAAGAUGCCCAGAAUUUGAAUUCAAGAUUCGGUGGGGGGAAGUUUCAUGGGUUUUAA